ACUAAGAUCCCACAAGGCAGGUGGGAUCUUAGUUUUGGGUGUGGCCAAAAAAACCCAGAAUAGACCCAGUGCACACCCAGUUACACCAGGCUGAAGGACUGUGACACUGGAAGGAAACGUACCCUUAGAGGAAUUCUCAAACUGUAAGUGUAUACUCAGGAGUGUGUUAGAGCCAACUGUUACUUGUGCCAGAGCUAAUCGUUGGCAUCUUUCCCAGCCCCCAUAUUAACUGACUUCAUGUUGGUAGCUUGAAAUUGGCCAUGUCAGAGUAUUUACAGAAAUUGACAAUACAAAUCAGUCCUCCCCCCCAAACUGGUUGGUAAAUAUCUUUCAGCAUACUACUGAUGUGGGUGGUAGAAACCAGGAGAGUGAGUUCUCCCCCAUUAGACGCUACAGGACAUUUGGGCCUGGUUCAAGAAAAGCCCUCAAGAGUUUAAUCAACACUACAUUCUUUUAUGGCUGGAAUAUUGCUGAGGCUCAGGUUUCUAUACCAUGGAGAGGCUGAUAUUGAGAUAGGAUGAGGAGUGAUGAGCUAUGAUGGAUCACUUUAGGUCUCGGUGAGAUAAAAUGAGAGAGGGGUACUAGAAGAAAGGGCUUCCCUUCCUUGGCUCCUCUAGUUCAGUAGAAAAUGGUGAGGCUGGGUGGGGUGGAGACACAAAGGAAGAGACCUUGGAGAGACCUGAGGGUCAUGGGAGCUGUCCGCGAUGGUACUUUGCUGAGGUCCUUCCCCUCCUCCACCACCAGAGGGUGCCCUUGUGCGGUCUUGGGACCGACCUUCCCAGCUCGGCUGGCGACGCUCUAGUCGCCGUUUCUCUGAGGCCCGCCGGCGGCCACUGAGCUGUGAGAGCAAGGCCUGCCUCCCUGCGCACAGCCCGCGGGCACGGGUCAUGGCGCGACUCCCGAAACUCGCGGUCUUCGAUCUAGAUUACACGCUCUGGCCGUUCUGGGUGGACACGCACGUAGACCCCCCGUUCCACAAGAGCAGUGAUGGAACUAUACGAGAUAGGCGGGGCCAGAGCAUCCAACUGUACCCUGAGGUGCCUGCGGUCCUAGAACGAUUGCGGGGCCUGGGAGUGCCCAUCGCGGCCGCUUCACGGACAGGUGAGGUUGAAGGAGCCAACCAGCUGCUGGAGCUCUUUGACCUUGUCAGAUACUUUGUUCAUCGGGAAAUCUACCCAGGCAGCAAAGUCACGCACUUUGAGAGGUUGCAGCGGAAGACUGGAGUUCCUUUCUCCCAGAUGAUCUUCUUUGAUGAUGAGAAGAGGAACAUCGUAGAUGUCAGCAAACUGGGUACUAAGUGGUGUUACCUGCAUUCAUGUCCAGCAUGGAAUGAGCCUUCAAACCCUAACUCAAGGAUUAGAUGCAUUCACAAAGGCCCAAGCUGGACUCUGAGGUCCAGUCAUUUGAGGAACAGAACUGAAAGGAAGUCAGGAGGGCAUUUUCAGGAAAGAAGGAGAAGGCGCCAACCCCUGAAGAGGCAAUACAGAAACUGAAGGAGACGGAGAAGAUAUUGAUCAAGAAACAGGAAUUUCUGGAGCAGAAGAUUGAACAGGAGCUGCAAACUGCCAAGAAGCAUGG